AUGCACGUUGACGCCGGCGACCGUGGCACACCGAUGGGAAUGGCAAUGCCGUGGAGACUCGGACGCGAACGCGACACGCGAGAUGCAGGCAUCGCGUCGCAAUCGAGAUACCCCCCCGAUCAUCCAUUCUUCUUGAGGGUGCCAAUGGUCCGCCGGAUGCAAGAAGCCGCCGCCCCAUACUAUUGA